AUGCCUGCUCCGGCCCACGUCCAAGCAGCUACGCUGGACAAGUUCCUCGCCUCGUGGAAAGAUUCCAAUCCUGGAAAUACAAUGGCGUUGUGGUCCGAUGACUUCACGCAAAGGAUUCUGCCCCUAUCGCUGGGCAUGCCGGUCAACUCACGGGUCGAGGCUGAGACUUUCUAUCCGAAUCUUGUCAAAAGGAAAUGGACCAACGAAUAUGCUAUCUUCAUUACCUUCAGCGAAGACGGGCAUAGGGUUAGUAAGCUCGAAGAGAUGCUAGACUCGGCCUUCUUCCGAGACUUCUUUCCCAAACUCCGAAAGCACAUCUCUGGACAUGGAGAUAGUCAGACAUAG